CUCGUUCACAUCAAUUAAUCGAGCCUCGAGAAAGAUUAAGAGAAAAAAAUGAGGAAACCAGAGGUAGCAAUUGCAGCCACUCAUCAAGUAAAGAAGAUGAAGAAGGGACUUUGGUCUCCAGAGGAAGACUCAAAGCUGAUGCAAUAUAUGAUAAGCAAUGGGCAAGGAUGCUGGAGUGAUGUCGCUAAAAAUGCAGGCCUUCAGCGAUGUGGCAAAAGCUGCCGUCUUCGUUGGAUCAACUAUCUUCGUCCUGACCUUAAGCGUGGCGCUUUCUCUCCUCAAGAAGAGGAUCUCAUCAUUCGUUUUCAUUCCAUUCUCGGCAACAGGUGGUCUCAGAUUGCAGCACGAUUGCCUGGUCGGACCGACAACGAGAUCAAAAACUUUUGGAACUCAACAAUAAAGAAAAGGCUAAAGAAGAUGUCUGAAACAUCCAACCUCGUCAACAACUCAUCCUCAUCACCCAACGCAAGCGAUUCGUCUUCAAAUUCGUCCUCUUCUUUGGAGUUUAAAGACAUUAUAGGAAGCUUCAUGUCCUUUCAAGAACAGGGAUUCAUCAACCCCUCUUUGACCAACAUACCAACCAACAACAAUCCAUUCACAACGCCACACAUGUUCAACCAUUCGUUUAAUGACGAUUUCACCCCUCACGCAGAUGGUUUCUGUGGAGUAAACACAGGGCUACAAGGGGAACUCUACUUUCCACCUUUGGAAUGUGAAGAAGGUGACUGGUACAAGGCAGAUAUUAUCAACCAGUUAGACGACGUGAACACUAAUGGAGCCGGAAACGUGCCUGAGCGUAUGAGAAUGGAAGAAUGUUGGGACCUUGACCAGUUGAUGAACACUGAGGUUCCUUCUUUUUACUUCAACUUCAAACAGAACAUAUGAAUUUCUACGUCAUCUUAUUCUUUUUCUGCUGCGGAAUUAUACUCAAGAUUCUUAGCCACACAAAUGCAAAUAUAUAUAGAUGUUGUUGUAGAUAGAUGAAAAGUUAAGAGAGUCUUUUGUAUUUCGAAUAAUAUUUCCGUGACUAGAGAUAUGUAAUGAUUAAUGUAAUACAUAUGAUACAUCUCUUAAUAAAAUAAGCA